UUGCACUUUUGAUGGCAGAGAAGAAGUUUGAGAUUUUUGGUGGGGGGUGAGGGGCAGGCUGGCCUUUUUUUGUUCCGCUGGAGAGUCCUUCCUCAGCGGCGAGGAGAGCCGGAACACGCCAGUCAAGAGCGCUGCAGUGCCGCGGACCGUCGGCUCGAUCCCCGGGGCCGAUCAGGACGUCUUCCCAGCCAGAGAAAGCCAGGCGGCACACGGCGGCAUCGCUCACGGGUCAGCGGGCAGACGAGGCGGCGAUCGCCCCAUUUAGCCUCCCUGGGUCCGGGGGAGCGCUCUGGUCUGGGGGCGGGGAGGUCCAACGACGAGACCGAGGAGGGCAGAAGACAACAAGCCGAGAGGACGGAGGAGGGUGCUGGAAGUCUGCGACGCCUCCAGCACGAAGGAGCCGGCGCUUUGGCCACAGCACCCUGGGUCGGCUAGCUUGUACCCGCGCGGCUAAGUGAAUGGGAUGGAGCCGGGACCGUCUGGCGCUGUGCCCAUGGGGGUCUUCCCCCCGCCCCUGCAGCAGGUGUUCCACGCCCCGCGUCGGCCGGGAAUGGGCACCGUGGGCAAGCCCAUCAAGCUGCUGGCUAAUUACUUUGAAGUGGAGAUCCCCAAGAUGGACGUCUACCACUACGAGGUGGACAUCAAGCCCGACAAAUGUCCCCGGCGAGUCAACAGGGAGGUGGUGGAGUACAUGGUGCAGCACUUCAAGCCCCAGCUCUUUGGUGACCGCAAGCCCGUGUACGACGGCAAGAAGAACAUCUACACUGUGCUGGCCCUCCCCAUUGGCAGCGAGAAGGUGGAUUUUGAGGUAACCAUCCCCGGCGAGGGCAAGGACCGUAUCUUCAAGGUGUCCAUCCGUUGGCUGGCCAAGGUGUCAUGGCGCCUCCUGCAGGAGACUCUGGUCAGCGGGCGGCUGCAGGUCCCCCUGGACUCGGUGCAAGCCCUGGAUGUGGCCAUGCGACACCUGGCCUCCAUGAGGUACACUCCAGUGGGCCGCUCCUUUUUCUCCCCACCCGAGGGAUACUACCACCCCCUGGGUGGGGGCAGGGAGGUGUGGUUCGGCUUCCACCAGUCGGUGCGGCCCGCCAUGUGGAAGAUGAUGCUGAAUAUAGACGUGUCCGCCACGGCCUUCUACAAAGCCCAGCCUGUCAUCGAGUUCAUGUGCGAGGUUUUGGACAUUCGCAAUAUCGACGAGCAGCCCAAAACCCUCACCGACUCGCAGAGGGUCCGCUUCACCAAGGAGAUCAAAGGCCUCAAGGUGGAGGUGACCCACUGCGGCCAGAUGAAGAGGAAGUACCGCGUAUGCAACGUCACCCGACGUCCCGCCAGCCACCAGACGUUUCCCCUCCAGCUGGAAAGUGGGCAGACUGUGGAAUGUACCGUAGCCCAGUACUUCAAGCAGAAGUACAACCUGCAGCUCAAAUACCCCCACCUGCCCUGCCUGCAGGUGGGGCAGGAGCAGAAGCACACAUAUCUGCCCCUAGAGGUGUGCAACAUCGUGGCGGGCCAAAGGUGCAUCAAGAAACUGACCGAUAAUCAGACGUCCACCAUGAUCAAAGCGACGGCUCGCUCGGCGCCCGACAGGCAGGAGGAGAUCAGCAGGCUGAUGAAGAACGCCAACUUCAACCUGGACCCGUACAUCCAAGAGUUUGGCAUCAAGGUGAAGGACGACAUGGCGGAGGUGACGGGCAGAGUGCUUCCUGCCCCCAUCUUGCAAUAUGGCGGACGGAACCGCGCCAUCGCCACGCCCAACCAGGGAGUGUGGGACAUGAGGGGGAAGCAGUUCUACAACGGCAUUGAGAUCAAGGUCUGGGCCAUCGCCUGCUUCGCCCCCCAGAAGCAGUGCAGGGAGGAGGUGCUCAAGAACUUCACAGACCAGCUCCGGAAGAUCUCCAAGGACGCGGGCAUGCCCAUCCAGGGCCAGCCGUGCUUCUGUAAGUACGCCCAGGGGGCCGACAGCGUGGAGCCCAUGUUCAGGCACCUGAAGAACACCUACUCGGGGCUGCAGCUCAUCAUCGUCAUCCUGCCCGGGAAAACCCCCGUCUACGCCGAGGUGAAGCGUGUGGGCGACACGCUGCUGGGCAUGGCCACGCAGUGCGUGCAGGUGAAGAACGUGGUGAAGACGUCUCCUCAGACCCUGUCCAACCUCUGCCUCAAGAUCAACGUGAAGCUGGGAGGCAUCAACAACAUCCUGGUGCCGCACCAACGGUCAGCCGUCUUCCAGCAGCCCGUCAUCUUCCUGGGAGCCGAUGUCACCCACCCGCCCGCUGGAGAUGGCAAGAAGCCUUCCAUCACGGCGGUGGUGGGCAGCAUGGACGCCCACCCCAGCAGGUACUGCGCCACGGUGCGAGUGCAGCGACCCAGGCAGGAGAUCAUCGAGGACUUGUCCUACAUGGUGCGGGAGCUGCUGAUCCAGUUCUACAAGUCCACCCGCUUCAAGCCCACCAGGAUCAUCUUCUACAGGGACGGCGUUCCCGAGGGCCAGUUGCCACAGAUCCUGCACUACGAGCUGCUGGCCAUCAGGGACGCCUGCAUCAAGCUGGAGAAGGACUACCAGCCCGGCAUCACCUACAUCGUGGUGCAGAAGCGCCACCACACGCGCCUCUUCUGCGCCGACAAGUCGGAGAGGAUCGGGAAAAGCGGGAACAUCCCGGCGGGCACCACGGUGGACACCAGCAUCACUCACCCCUUUGAGUUCGACUUCUACCUGUGCAGCCACGCCGGCAUACAGGGUACCAGCCGCCCGUCGCAUUACUACGUCUUGUGGGACGACAAUCGCUUCACCGCCGACGAGCUGCAGAUUCUCACCUACCAGCUGUGCCACACCUACGUACGCUGCACCCGCUCCGUCUCCAUCCCCGCCCCCGCCUACUACGCCCGCCUGGUGGCCUUCCGCGCCCGCUACCACCUGGUGGACAAGGAGCACGACAGUGGCGAGGGCAGCCACGUGUCGGGUCAGAGCAACGGCCGGGACCCCCAGGCUCUGGCCAAAGCGGUCCAGAUCCACCACGACACCCUGAGGACCAUGUACUUUGCCUGAGUGGGCGUGCAGCACCCCUCCCCCGCCGUGACCACCUCACCCCCCUCCCUUAUCCUCGUCACUUUCCACUUCCUCAUCCUCCUCAGAACCUCCCUGGAUCCUCACUCGCCACUGCACGUCCUCCAUGUGGAUCCAGCAGGCGUCUUCUACACGUACCACUACACGUGCUCCUCACAACCUCUGUAGAUCCAGCAAGCAUCUUCUGAAGGUACCAGCAGACGUGGUCCUCCACACGGACCCAUGUAGUCCUGUAUGGGAUGCUAGCGUCCCACGUGCUAGCGAGUAUGCAAUAUGGCGUCAAAGGAAAAGCCACAAAGCUGCCCGUUCGGCAUCCAAUGAGGGUGCGAGCGUUCCGACCAAUAGGAUCCUUCCUCACAAGUACACGCCUACUUUUGACUUUUUGAACCAUCUUAUUGGAAGCCGCCUGAGCUGUGGUACAUUAGCACUUAGCCUUUAGCAUGUACGCCCGUUAGCGGGCUCCUCUUCUUCGUCUUUAUGUUCUUCCCUCGCCGUGCCACAGACGGGGGCGUAGCAUGUCCCCGGCUAAUUAGCAUAGCAUAAGACUAGCGGGACCACGGCAUAGUUGUGGCAAAUAUUCAACCAGCAUUCAUGAGCAGCCAAAAAAACCACAAUGCCAACCGGGGGGGCGGGGGGUCUUCCAAUUAGGGAUGCACCACCACGGCCCCACGCCCCAAUGAUCACCCCCCCUCCCCUAGGAAAACACUCCAAUGAGCAGGUGAGCGAUCCUGACUUCCAAACAUUCCCCUCAUCCUGGAUGCCGUCCACCAAGGCACCCCCCCCAACCCCACCCCGGCAGGACAACUACCUUUCUUUCCACUUCCUGCCUUCUUUAGGCAAGUUCAGGGAAAUAUCAGCUCCACACUAAAUGGAGCUGUUUGUGAAAAAGCAUCUCAAACAACAUUUAUUGAUGGGGAAAGACCACCGGCUAGUUGGGAACUGUGUGUGCACGUGAGUUAAAAUGGCCGCCGCAUAUGUGGGCGUGCUACACUCCAUGCUCUUCCACUUCCUCCUUCCUGUCAUGUGGUUCUUCCAUCCGCUCCCUGCUGAGAUCUUACCCGACGCGCUUCUGCCACCUUGUGGCCAUUCUCAUGGCCUCACGUCGCUCUCACGUCUACUGCACUCCUGGGGGGGGGGGGCAUCAUCAGGAAGGAUGUUGUCCCCGAAGGUCCACCUUGAGGGGAACGACCCCUGGAGCACCAAACCUCAUCAGACACCAGAAACACCAGCUUGGCCGCAGACGACCUAGCAUCACGGCGCUGCAAUACGGUGGCUCCUCCCCCUCCCAUAGCGGCGUUCUUCUGACCUCCAGCGUGGACGUUCAUCUCCAUGAAGGUCAGGGUCGUGGGGCCACGUUGGGGCUACGUUGGGGCCACGUUGGGGCCACGUGGCGCGGACCCAGCAGGAAGAGUGGUGGUGCAUCCCUAAUGGGAAGGUGACGAUUCAGGCACUUUUACUUCGACACGAGCAACUUAAGGCAACAUGCCAGGUCAACACGACCCCCCCACGCCGGCCAUGAUGGACAUGGUUGGAAUCGACGUCUGUGAUCACUGAAGUGCUGCAAGGCUGAAGGUCGUUCAGGGAUUGACCUUGCGUGUAAAAAGCAUCCUUUUGUACACUAAGCUCUUCUUCGCCAUGCACGGCGGCACAAGCACACGCCCUCAAGACGCACUUCCUCAUCCUCCCUAGCGUGUCGGCCACGUUGGUGCUCCGUGUGCGUGGGCGGCACGGGUCAGUCACGCCUCUUCGUAAACCCCGCCUCUUUUAGCCUUCAUCCGGAAUACCCAUCAUCAUCAUCGUCGUAAUGCACGUUGGCACACUGAGCUUGAGUUUGAGUUUGGUGUGGGAGGGGUCCUCCGGGGGGGCGGCACCCCACCUUCUCAAAUAUACAAUGCGGCGGAAGCCACCAGGACACGUGGUGGCUCCGUGUCCGUCUACCCUGACCUUGUCUACCCUGACCUUGUCUACCCUGACCUUGUCUACCCUGACCUUGUCUACCCUGACCUUGUCUGCCCUGACCUUGUCUACCCUGACCUUGUCUACCCUGACCUUGUCUGCCCUGACCUUGUCUGCCCUGACCUUGUCUGCCCUGACCUUGUCUGCCCUGACCUUGUCUACCCUGACCUUGUCUACCCUGACCUUGUCUGCCCUGACCUUGUCUGCCCUGACCUUGUCUGCCCUGACCUUGUCUGCCCUGACCUUGUCUGCCCUGACCUUGUCUGCCCUGACCUUGUCUGCCCUGACCUUGUCUACCCUGACCUUGUCUGCCCUGACCUUGUCUACCCUGACCUUGUCUGCCCUGACCUUGUCUGCCCUGACCUUGUCUGCCCACACCCGGCACAGACGCUCCUUCCCGCCGUCUUCCGGCACGGGACAGGUUGUGUCUGUGUGAAAGGGGCCCGUGUCU